UCGUACGGACGGAUAUUCUCCUGAAUCAAACGCUCCUUGUUAUCAUCUAUGGAAGUACGUUCGGAUCUGAGUUGGGUUUGAUAUAUUUUUUCUUGUGAAUGAUGGUGGAAAUGAUUUUGUUGUGAAGUUCUGGUUUUGCUCUGUCUCAUCCUUUGGUUCAAUUUAGUGCCCUAAAUCCGAUACUAUGAGGAAGAAGUUGGAUACACGUUUCCCUGCUGCUCGGAUUAAAAAGAUAAUGCAAGCAGAUGAAGAUGUUGGAAAGAUAGCACUUGCAGUGCCUGUUUUAGUUUCUAAAGCUCUAGAGCUGUUUUUGCAAGACCUAUGCGAUCGUACCUAUGAAAUAACUCUUCAGAGAGGAGCUAAGACGAUGAGUGCAUUGCAUUUAAAACAUUGUGUACAAAGCUAUAAUGUCUUUGAUUUUCUGAAAGAUGUCGUCAGCAGGGUUCCUGACUAUGGCCAUGGGCAUGGUCAUGGACAUAGCCAUUCUGAGACUGGUGCUGAUGAUCGUGUCAUUACAAGGAGAAGGAAAGCAGCAAAUGAUGAUCACCAUGAUAGUGAUGACGACUCUAAGAGAAGCAAGAUGCAUGAGUUAGGCCAUACUGGCAGUAGUGGUAGGGGAAGAGGCCGAGGUAGAGGGAGAGGUCGUGGUCGAGGGGCUCGAAAUGUUGAGCGGGAAAAAGAGAGUCAUCAUCAAGAGCUUGAAACUGAGACUUGCACUUCUGCUCUGGACAGCAGCAAACAUAAUCCUGAUACAAAUGUGGCCAUCGACAAUGGUUCAGAGCCAAAGGAGUUACCAAAAGAGAAUAAUGCAACUCCUGAUGAAGGUGCUCAGUCUGUCCGUAACAUUGAUCUGAAUGCCAACUUGAAUGAAAAUGAAGACAAAAGUGCUAGCGCUGCUGUAACUGACGCCCCUUUGCCUGAUCCUCCAAAACACGAGACAAAGCAUGAAGAAAUCCCUGGUUGGUCUCUUUCUGAUGUGGACAAGAUGGUCAUUGACUCAAUGCAGCUUGCACACCUUGGUAGACAGAUAGAAGAGGAUGAGGAAGAUUAUGAUGAAGAAGGGUGAAUAUUGAACUCUUUUGGAGGGUGGGGGGAUUAGAUUAAAUGGAUAAUCUUAUAAAAUUUACAUACCAAUGCUAUUAUGACUAUCCAUUAGAUAGCCAAACAUGCCCCUAGUUGUAGGUCCUAAAAAGAUCCUAAUCCUUGUAAUUUUUUUCCUGGGUUGUUUGUAGCAAAUGUAGCUACCUAUUAACCAAAAUGUUAGUUUUGUGUACUUUUAGGCCAUGAAUGAAUGUAGUUAUGAAGCAGCCUUGCUAGUGUGCUGAGGGAAACUCAGAACUCAACUCAGCAAUAUUAGGAUGUAAUAUCAUCAGCAUCAACGGUUUGAAGCGGCUGUGUAUUAAUAACAAAUCUUGGAUACACUGUUUAA